AUGAAGAUCCAAGGCCGAACAUUUGCCAUCUCCGGAGGUGCUUCCGGCCUUGGCCAGGCAUGCGUUGAAGAUAUAUGCGCCAAUGGCGGCAAUGUGGCCAUUCUUGACAUGAAUGAGGAGAAUGGACAAGAACUAGUCAAGAAAUUGGGUUCAUCGGCUAAAUUCUUCGAAUGCAAUGUGUUGGAAACAGAGAGCGUUACCAAGGCUGUCCAAGGUGCUGCACAAUGGGCCAAAGAGACGGGGAAGCCUCUUGGAGGUGUGAUUGCUGCAGCUGGUGUAUCAACUCCUGCAACGAUGCUCGAUCGUAAUGGUGCUGCCUUCAGCCUUGAUGACUUUGACUUUGUUAUCAACGUCAAUCUCCGCGGCACAAUCGACCUCGUGCGUCAGACUCUCGAGCACCUUGCAAAGGUAGAGCCCGAGGGAUCUGACGGCGAGCGAGGUGUUGUCAUCAUGGUAGCUUCAUCAGCAGCCUUCGAUGGUCAAAAGGGUCAAGUCUCUUAUUCCGCCAGUAAAGGCGCCGUGACAGCCAUGACACUUCCCAUGGCACGAGAUCUUGCUCGAUAUGGCAUUCGAGUCGUGACCAUUGCGCCUAGUCUGUUCGACAGCCGAAUGACGAGUGUGAUGCCCGAGAAGGUCAAGAAGAGUCUCGAGGGCGCGAUGGAGUUUCCUAAGAGAGCUGGUCAACCCAAGGAGUUUGCGCAAUUGGCGCGGCAGGGAAUUGAGAAUGUCAUGUUGAAUGGUGUUGUUAUUAGGUUGGAUGGUGCUAUGAGAAUGCCCAGCAAAAUACUCAACCCAAUAUCCCUUGCGCAGAAACAACAGCCUGGCACUGUACACCAACAUAGCUGUAUCAUCAUAACCACCGAACCAUCUAUAGCUCCGACAAUGGCUCCAACCAAAGUGGCAAUUCUGGACGACUACCAAGGGGUUGCUGAUCCCUUCUUCAAGAAACUCGACCCAUCCAAGUAUGACGUCGUGUCUAUCAAGGAUACGUUGCUGCCUUACAACCACCCAGACAGCUCACAAUCGAACAAGGAUGCUCUUGUUGAGAGAUUUAAGCCUUUUGAUGUUAUAUGCACUAUGAGGGAGCGUACGCCCUUCCCACGAGAGUUGAUCGAGCAACUCCCUUCACUCAAGCUUCUCCUCACCACAGCUUUUCGCAACAGAUCCCUGGACCUAGAUUCCCUCAAAGAACGAGGGAUCCCAGUUGCCGGAACAGUUGAUAAGCCCCGUAGCAGCAAGCCGGUGCUCGCUGGCACGGGCAGCACCACUCAACACUGCGUCACUCUCAUCCUCUCGCUCGCUCGAGGCAUCGCCAGGGAUGACGCCGCUGUCAAAGAGGGCCUGUGGCAAACCGGUCUCGCGACUGAUCUCUCAGGAAAAAGUUUGGGUGUCCUCGGCCUCGGGAGAUUGGGAAGCGCAGUCGCGAGGAUUCUCAACGUCGCAUUGGGUAUGAAGAUUAUCGCAUGGAGCAGCAACCUCACACAGGAGGCGGCAGAUGAGAAGGCCAGGGAAGCUGGGCUUCCUGUUGAGGAUGGGGAGGGUGAGAAGACGUUCAAAGUGGUAAGCCGAGAUGAGUUCUUCAGAAACGCCGAUGUGGUGUCUGUACACCUCGUCCUGUCUGAUAGGACACGCGGCAUAAUCAACAAAGAGGACUUGGCAAAGAUGAAGCCGACAGCCUUGUUUGUCAAUACCUCUCGAGGUCCCCUCGUAGUGGAGAAAGAUCUUCUUGACCACCUCAAGGCUGGCCGUAUUAGGGGCGCAGCUGUUGAUGUCUUUGAGCCGGAACCUCUCCCCGCUGACAGCGAGUGGCGCAACAAGAACUGGGGUCGCGAUGGAACGAGUCAAGUUCUUGUCACCCCUCACAUGGGCUAUUGUGAGGAGGACACCAUCAAGUCGUGGUAUGAGCAACAGGUUGAGAACAUCGAGCGAUGGGCUGCCAACGAGCCGUUACACAAUGUGUUCACCUAG